CGGACUUUUGCUUUUAGUCAGUAGGUAAAUAACGUAAAGAAAAUGGUUUUUAUAUUCCAAACCACACACGAGAGUGAAAAAAUAAAAUAAAUAAUGGCCUUAAUUAGAAUAAUAUUGGUUUUUUAGUGAGUUUUACUACUAAAGUGAGGUUUUUAGUGUUUCAGUGUGGCAUUUGGUGAAUUUUUUAGUGAAUUAAAGGAGCAGUUGUUGCAAAUAGUGCCGCAGAAGGUUCAUUUUUACAAGGAAAAAAGUAUGGAAGGAAAAAUUUCACACUCCGGUCUAUUGGCGCGAAGUCCGGAAGGUCACGCGGCCCGCGGAAUGCAGAUCAAAGGCAACGAGGACGUGUGGGUGGAAAUACAGGCGAACACCUUUAGGAAUUGGGUCAACGAGCACCUACCCAAAGAUUUACGGAUAAGCGACUUAUCAGAAGAUCUUUGUACAGGAGUGAGACUUUGCGCUCUUGUAGAGGCCCUACAAAAAAGGCCCUUGAAGCCUGCAUGGAAUAAAAGGCCGGCCAAUCAGCAUCAUUAUUUGGAAAAUGUUACUGCGGCUCUAAAUGCUAUUGAACAAGACGGUGUUAAACUUGUAAAUAUUGGAAAUCUGGACAUCGUCAACGGCAACCUGAAACUCAUCCUCGGUCUGAUUUGGUCGUUGAUCGUGCGCUACCAAAUCGGCCGAUCGAAAUUCCCGCCCAGAAAAUUGAUGCUCGCUUGGCUCCAAGCGGUGUUGCCAGAAUGCAAAGUUUCCAAUUUGACUACCGACUGGAAUUCCGGAGUGAAUUUAUCCGCUCUUGUGGAUUAUUGCCGACCUGGAUUGUUCCCACAUUGGAGACGAUUAGAUAAAGCCCAAGGUAUCGAAAAUUGUCGUAGAGCAAUGAAUAUUGCCCAAAAAGAUCUUGGAAUACCAGCGGUAUUGGAACCAGAAUAUCUGGCUUCACCAUGGUUGGAUGAGCUUUCAGGAAUGACGUAUUUGUCGUAUUUCAUGAAACCUGGAUCGCCUGGAUUUCAGGCUACAUUGCGAUGGGCCAAUUCCAGACUGGAAAGAUCUGUACAAAAUUUCACUAGCGAGUGGAACGAUGGUAGAGUUCUGAGCGAAAUCAUCAGAUCCUUGGGCGGUUCAGCAACAGCUCCAGAAAAACUCAGAACCGACUCAGCGUAUUGGGAACAAAAUCUGCAUCAAGCUUUGGAGGCUGGAAAAAGACUUGGUGUCCAGCCAGUUUUGUCAGCCAAAGACAUGGCGGACAAAAAUGUGGAACAUUUGGGUGUCAUGGCGUAUGUGGCACAUUUCCAGUGGGUACCAGAACGUCCACCCUUACACGAUUUAAUUAAUGUUACUUUGAAUUCGACUUCUGGAAGAGUUGGAGAACAAACUCAUUACCAAGUGACUCUUCUAGACUCUCAACUGUCCUACAACAAAGUCUCGGUAGAAAUUCGCGGGCCGGACAACAAACUUUAUCAAGAGAAAAGGUUGAAUAAUAAUGGCCGUGGUACGUUCGUACCGGCCAAAAUUGGCAUGCACGAACUGGUAGUGCACUACGAGAAUCAGGAAGUACUGGCGGGGCAUUACUUUAGGGUACUGCCGCCUUUAGUGGAAGUGGCGCCGCCUGGAAUGGCUCCUUGUGCUUUGGGGUCUUUGGUACAAGUACUGGUUAAUGCUACCGGUGCUCCAAAACGUGAAGAUAUCCUAGUGACAGCCUACAGUCCUAGAGGAAGACCACUGGACUGUCCUUUGACCACAAUAGAUGGUACCAACAGUGCCACUUUCAAGCCGGACGAACCCGGGGAAUGGAGGAUCGAAAUCACUUAUCAGGGCAAACAAAUUCAAGGUGGUCCAUUUACAUGUUCAGUAUUCGAUCCGAACGGUCUGAAAGUUUCCAACUUGGAAGGAGCUCUACCUUUGAUUCCGCACAGUAUAGAAUUGGACUGUCGAAAUGUCGGAGCUGUAGGGGAAGUUUUUGCUGACAUUGUCCAUGAUAAAAGGUCAGUGCAUUGUCAUGUGGAAAAGGUGGAUAGUCAAGGUUUUCACUAUCGGGUUCAUUUUACUCCAAAGGAAGCUGGAAAACAUAGGGUUUACGUAUAUUUCAAUGGAUACGAUGCCAAAGGGUCUCCGUUUAUGAUGCGCGUAGGUACGCAGCGCAGACACAAAUCGUCGAAUUCUAGUCCCAACGCUUACCGGCAGAGUCCCACCAAUCGCUAUGCCAGUCCGAGUCCUACAUCGAAAAAUACGCUUUACAAUAGUUAUAGACAAAAUGCCAGUCCUUUAUUAGAAGAAACCCAUAAAUAUGCUCAAGAUUACCACAGCAGAAGCGUGGCAGCUGAAAAAAGCAGACUUACCUCUAGUUCCCCAAACUACGAAAGAAACGGCAGUCCUAGUUACGGACAUAGAACCGAAAGUCCUUCGCGUCCAUUCGCACGAGACAGUCCGGACUUUGUUAGCAGCAAAAAAUUAAACGAAAAAAGAUACGAAACUGCCAGUCCGAGUUUUGCUCAAAGAACUUCUGAUUCAAUGUAUCAAACUAGCAGCAAGAUGUCCUCGAUGAAAAUUACGGACAACAGAAGUCCGAAUUUGGACGGUAGAAGUCCGAAGUUGGGUGGCAAAAGUCCGAAUUUGAUUGGGCGGACUGCGAGUACGGAAUUGGGUGCUGGGUAUUCGUCGUCCAAAUAUGACACAAGGUACAGCAGCGAAAACAUCAGGACCAGUUCUUAUAAUAAUUAUAGUGAAGGCGUCGAUACAAGCCCGAUAAUCAAAGUAUCAGCGAUGACAGAUCAGCAAUCGAAACGUCGCGACUCUUGGGAUGCCAUCAACAAAACGAAAAAUAUAUUUUCCGAACGCAGCUUGGAAUCGCUGGCGAACUUGACCGAAUCGCAGCUGGACUCGUACAACAGCUCGCCUAUAUACAGGGUGGUCACAAAAACAACUUCCUGCGGCGCCAAUUCUGUCAAAGUGCAACCGGUACCUGACGGAGUCUUGGGACAACCUGUAGAAUUUGAGAUUGACGGCAGUGGGGCCGGGUCUGGGGACUUGGAAAUUCUGGUAGAGGGGGGUCGGGUGACUUCGAGCGUGCGCAGUUUGGGCGGUCAACGGUUUAAGGCUGCGUUUACACCGCAUCAAGCCUUACCGCAUCGAGUGGACAUCAAAUUCAACGGGGAGACAGUGCCAGGCAGCCCCUGGCACGUGAACAUAAUGACCAACACCAGCGUGUCGGUGAUGGGCGAGUCGACGCGACUCGUGCCAGCCAACUCGCCCGCCAUUUUCGAAAUCAUCACCAACACGAACAUCGCGCCCGACGACUUGCUCGUGCACGUCAUCGCUCCGAGCAAACGUACCGUACCUGCUAGAGUUUUACCCGGCAAUCGAACAGGUGUCCAAAGUGUGGAAUUUAUACCGACAGAGGUCGGUACUCACAUAGUAGAAGUGACGGUGAACGGAGACAAGUUGCCAUCUGGCCCUCUGGUGGCCAAAGUUUACGACGCAGGGCUGAUUCAAGUGGCCGACGUCAGUGGCGGAGUUGUCGGCCAGCCCGUACAAUUUAGAGUUGACGCAAGCCAAGCAGGCGAAGGCCAACUGGAAAUCUCGAUAAACGAAGGCGAAGUACCGAAUCACGUGCAAGUAGUAGGCGGAGGACGUUGCCUCGUAUCCUUCACCCCCGACCAAGCCAAACCCCAUUUGAUUGACAUCAAAUUCAACGGCGAAACGGUACGCGGAUGCCCGUUCGUUUGCGCUGUUGCCGAUACCAGCCGUGUGACCUUGAGUCUCAGUCAUUUGGAAUUAGUACCGCUAAAUCAGCCCAGCUCGUUUCAUAUGGGCGUGGCAGGGGGCGGAGCCGCCGAGCUAGCGGUAGCUGUCAGAGGACCAAUAGGAGAGCUGCCAGUUAAAGUAACUGGCGAUAUUCAUUCGGGAUUUACUGCUGAGUUUACUCCGGUGCAAGUUGGAGCACAUCAGAUUAGUGUGGAUUAUAAUGGGAGGCCGGUGCAAGGGACGCCGUUUGUCGCUAAAGCGUUCGAUUCGAACAAGGUAACAGUCGGCACUGUAGCCAGAGGCACAGUAGGCCGUCCGGUAACAUUCUCAGUGGACGCAAGCGAAGCCGGCGAAGGCAACUUGGAAAUCACAAUCUCCGCUAGAGGGCUGAACAUCCCCACUCAAGUCCACCCUCAAGGCAACGCCAGAUUCGCUGUCAGUUUUGUCCCGGCAGAGGCGUGCGAUCACGUGGUUAACGUGGCGUUCAACAAACGUCCGGUGGUCGGAUGUCCGUUGAUCGUUUCAGUUGGUGGCAGUGGGACUGGGCCAAGUGUGACGUUGCCCGGUCCUGGACCGGUGCACAGGCCUAGUACGUUGCUGGUGAAUCAUCCCGGCCGGUUGGAGGACAUCGAGGUUAAUGUUGAGGGUCCUGGAGGCCAAGCGGUACCAACCCAAGUACAACCGAUCGGUAAUGGGCAGUACCAAGCCGAGUUCGUACCGCGAGUAGUGGGCGAGCACCGCAUUAACGUGGCCGUGUGCGGAGUACCAACAGUUGGCAGCCCUUAUGCCGCCAAAGUCUACGAUGUCCAAGCUAUCAAAGUCAAAGAAGCGGCUCAAGGAGUUGUUGGUAAAGCAGUGACGUUUUUAGUCGAAACAAGUCAAGCAGGUCCAGGCAACCUAGAAGUAACUGUCAAUGGAGGUUUGGUACCAACAUCAGCGCAGGCACAAGGCCCUCACACUUACGCCAUCUCGUUUACGCCUCGAGAACCUUCAGUACACUCAGUCGACUUAAGAUUCAACGGCCAAGACGUACCAGGAAGUCCGUUCCAGUGCCACGUAGUACCCGCUGCCAGAAUUCUAAGUUCGGAAGCUUUGGAUAAAGUUUCUGUAGGCCGAGCAUGUAGUUUUUCUGUCGAAAGCCCUACGCCUCCUAUAGUGGAGGUUUUAGGGCCCGCAAGAAGAUCUUUGUUGACACAAGUCAAUCCUCAACCUGGUACUGCUGGAAAUUUCGAAAUCACAUUUACUCCUUUGGAUGUGGGAGAUCAUAGCGUGGAGGUGCGUUUGCCUACUGGUCACAUAGAAGGCAGUCCUUUUUUGGUUAAGGCUUACGAUGCUUCCAGAGUCACUGUAACUGAUAUUAUAGAUGGCGUUGUUGGUAAGCCAGUGUCGUUUAGCAUAAACGCUUCACAGGCUGGCGCUGGGAAUUUGGAAAUUAUUGUUGCUGUUGGUGGUAGGAAUGUGCCCAAUUUUGUGCAGAGCGAGGGCAAUGCUAGGUUUAAGGUGAAUUUCAAGCCUACUGAAGCUGCUGUUCAUACAUUGAGUGUAAGAUUUAACGGCCAACCAGUCCCGGGAUCACCCUUUAGUUGUAAAGUGAGUCCUGGCAACGUCCAACCCAGAGUACCAGUAUCAGGAUCCGGUAUCGAACUAGCGUCAGUCGAUGCUCAGGCUGAAAUCAAAAUCGAAGGAGUCGUAGAUGGGGCGGAGCCCCAAGUCAUCGUCACCGCCCCUACAGGCAAAAUAAUUCCUAUCAAAUUCACUAGGGUUGCUGAUACUUGUACUGCACACUUUGUGCCAGAAACAGUAGGCCGACACUCUGUAGCUAUUUUAAUCAAUGACCAACACGUUAUUGGGUCGCCUUUUAGUUGCAACGUUUACGAUGUUAACAAGGUGAUUGUGACUGGGUUGCCUGGAAAUAAGGCUGGCGAUAUCACUAGGGCAGUUGGUGAUAUGAGCUUGAGGGAUUUAGGCCCUGCCGAAGUUGGCAAGCCUGUUACGUUUAGCGUGGAUGCUGCGCAAGCUGGUGAAGGCACUUUGGAACUAGUGGUGUCCACCCAGCAUACUACCAUCAAAGCUGAAGUGGUGGCUUGUGCCAGAGGUUUAUACGAUGUCACUUUUGUCCCACUAACAGCAGAAGAUCAUUUUGUUAAUAUUACUUUCAAUGAUAUUGCGGUUGUGGGCAGUCCUUUCCAUUGCUCAGUGAUUGAAGCUACUCAGUACCUUCAAAUAGGCUCCACUUGCUAUAUGGAUUUACCGACUGAAAACCAUCGGCUAGAAAUCAAAGACCCUAAUAAUCACAACGUAAAAUAUGUGGUCAAAGACUACAAGGCCCAAUUUAUUUUGAACCAAACUGGUACCUACAAAAUUCACUCCUACAGAGGCCAUGAUUUAAAUUGUACAAGGACAACACAUGUAUUUGACACCACCAAAAUCGAUAUAGUCAAUGUCCCAGAAGCCACCUGUCAUCGUCCAGCCGUUGUAGGCAUCAAUAUGGCCAAAGUAGGCCCGGGACAAUUGACAGCCUCGGUGCGAGUAGCCAAUCGUGACGUAGCCCAUAGCGUGCGACAAAGCCCCACCAAUCCCAACAUGUGGGAAGUCGUAUUCCAUCCCCUAAUAGCGGCCCCACAUCGAAUCACGCUCUUUUACAAUAAUGUUCCAAAAAUGGGCAUAUUAGAAGUCCCAGUUAAGAGUCCAGGAAGUGAACCUUGGGCGGGUGGUAGUGGUUUGUACCAGGCCAGAGUCGGCAAAGUAACUUCAUUUCAAAUUGACACCUUGGGCAGAUCAGCUCGGGAGUUUGAUGUGGUUGUUAGUGGUCCUACAGGUUCAGCUGUACCUGUAAGAUGUUAUCAAACUAAAACUGGUAAAUUGCAAGCUGAGUUUACUGCCAGAGAUGUGGGGCCUCAUAAGGUGGAAGUUUUGCAUCAGGCCAAAGCUAUUACCGGUAGUCCGUUUACUUGUCAAGCUGCUGAUCCGGAUUCGGUGAGGAUAGUGGAUAUACCUACUUCUCAGGGCAAUGUUGGUGAAAAAGUUAUUUUCAAUGUUUUAACUAAAAAUUCUGGCAUUGCCGAUUUGGAAGUCCAAGUGACCAACCCCAUAGGCCAAACCCUUCAAGUCCAAGAAAUGUCCUUGGGUGAUAGCCUGACGCAAAUCAGCUUCUUACCAGCUUCUGCUGGUUUGUAUCAAGUAGCGGUAACUUACGGAGGUGUUCCAGUUAAAGGCUCUCCUCUAGCUUUAGGGGUGGGUCCAGUGGGCCCCACGCCUCCUCCCAGAGCUGUGGGCAAAGGCCUGGAAGUUGCUAGAGUAGGCGAACGUGCCACAUUUACUGUCAGCAGCGUGGUGCAGCCUCGAGUUGCUAUUGAAGCUGUCGAAGGGGUUAUAGACGCUCAUAUCCAAAGUCCCAAGCCUGGAGAAUACACCAUUAGUUAUUUGCCUAAAUGGGUAGGCACAUACGAUAUUAUUAUUGGAAUCGGACCAAAUGAUCUUCCUGGUUCACCAUUUAGACCAAACAUCGUUGAUCCAGAUUCGGUAAGACUCAUAGGCGGUUGGAAUCAAUACCUGGACGAAUCCAAUAGGCUCAAAUUACCAACCAAAUUAGCCUUUGAUAUAUCAAACGCUGGUCCAGGUGCGUUGGAAUGCAAAAUUGCUGGCAGGAAAAUGAAUCCUGAAAAAUCUGGAACCAGGAUUAGAUUCGAUUUAUCUGGAGAAGGAUUAAAUACGGGAGAACAUGAAUUUGAAAUCAAAUUUGCCGGUUUUCCAUUACCAGGCGGGCCAAAUACAGUUAUUGCCUCUGGAGAUCAGCAAGUGGUGUUGACUGGAAAAGGUCUGGCAGAAGCUAAAACUUGUGAGCCUGCAAUAUUUACUAUUGACGGUUCCAAAGCAAAUUCUGGCAAUCCAGAAGUAACGCUACAUGCUGCUGAUACCAACAUUCCAGUACCAGUGAUGAUUAGUUUGGCUGGAGAGAAAAUCUGGAGAGCUUCUUAUACGAUCAACACUCCUGGAAAUUAUUUGUUGUCCGUCCUAUGGGCUGGUAGACCUGUUAAAGGAUGUCCAUUGAUAGUAGAAGUUAAAGGAGGUGCUGAUGCCACAAAAGUCCUGUGUUCUGGUGAAGGUCUACGUCAAGGCGUCGUCGGCAGAGAAAUCCGAUCCUGGAUUGACACUAGAAGAGCAGGACCUGGAGAAUUGACUGCGCACUGUGCAGGGCCCAGAAAAGUAGCCUACUGCGAACUAUACGAUCACGGAGAUGCCACUUUUACUUUGAAUGUCAAGCCUCAAGAGCCGGGCAGACAUCAGUUGACCAUCAAAUAUGCUGGACAGCACGUGCAAGGAUCGCCGUUUAUAUUGAGGGUGGCUGGAGCACCAGAUGCCAGCAAGGUCAGAGUGUAUGGUCCAGGUAUAGAACACGGAGUCCUAGCCACAUUCCAAUCCAGAUUCAUUUGCGACACCCGAGGCGCAGGCGCGGGUCAGCUCACUGUAAGAGUCCGAGGCCCCAAAGGAGCCUUCCGAGUGGAAAUGCAACGUGAAAGCCAAAAAGAUCGGACCAUUUUAUGCAAAUACGAUCCGACCGAGCCUGGAGAUUAUCGUGUGGAAGUCAAAUGGGCCGGGGAAUUGGUGCCCGGGUCGCCGUUCCACGUCAUGAUUUUCGACACCCAAGAAGAACUGAAAAGAUAUGUUACGUCGCUGUAAAGUACAAUUUACGCCCAUUAGCCAUGAUGUGUUUUAUUUAUUUAUAAAUUUUCAUUAUUUAGUAGUGUGUCACUAAUAAGUAACAAACGUAGUACAUAAUAUUCUAUAUUGUGUUUAUUUUUUUUUAGAGUUUUAUUUGGAUUUUUUAAAUAAAUUUAUUGUUAGUUUUAACAAUUGGU